AACUCACAAUUUUUAUGGCCGCCAUCGACAAAGUGCGUGUAAUUUUAGUUGGAGACUCUGGAGUGGGGAAAACCUCACUGACGCAUUUGAUUGCUCAUAGUGAGCCUCUAACAUCGCCAGGAUGGACUGUUGGGUGUUCAGUUGAAGUGAAACUGCACGAGUAUAAGGAGGGAACUCCGCAGCAGAAAACAUUUUUUGUAGAACUUUGGGAUAUUGGUGGAUCAGUGAGUCAUAAAAAUACCCGAGGAGUUUUCUAUACACCAACUCAUGGUGUCAUCCUUGUCCAUGAUCUAACAAAUCGCAAAAGUCACGAGAAUCUCAAACAGUGGUUGAUGGAGAUUAUCAAUAAGGAUGGAAAGGAUAUUGGAAAGGGUGGAAAUGAUACGGAUUUUGAUCCUGAACAAUUUCUAGGAGCAACUCAUAUACCCAUUUUGGUUUUUGGCACAAAGCUAGAUUUGGUGGAUGAGGCACAGAUUUCAAAGCUUCGCCAGAGAUCUUCCAUUACAGGAAGUAUUGCGGAGCAAUGUGGGGCCGAUGAAAUCUGCCUAAAUUGCCAUGAUACAAGAUCUGUGGCUGCUGGUACGACGGAUGCUGUAAAACUCAGCAGAUUCUUUGACAAAGUAAUCGAAAGGAAGUAUUUUUCCAAAGAUUCGAGCUUUUUCAAUGACAAACGUAAAUUUGUCAGUCCUUUUACGUCACCUUUAAAUACACCAUUCAAUAGCCCCUUUGCCACAUCAUCAUUCUCCAGUCCACCAACAAAUCUGGACACUGUAAUUGAGUAAAAAGCUGAUAUGAUCUAGAUCCAGAGGACUUUGUUGUGAUAAAAUUCAUCUAGGACCUUUUCAAAAA